GCGCAGGUUUGGAUAAAGCGCCGCUCGGGAUACACGGGCUGCCGUCUAUUCACACACGUCCAGCCCUGUUUGAAUGAUUAUUUUUUAAUGAUAGUAAAUUAAGUUAAAAUAGAAAAAAAAGCAAACAGUGAGGAAUAAACACAGCAAAGCGAACCGUGCGUAAUUCGACGCACCAGAUAUUCGACAGAUCAUCUUCCACUCGUCGCGAUUCUGAGAUCAGUGUGGGAAUGGGAAAUGAUGGAGGAUAAAGGGCCUCGUGUAGCCGACUACUUUGUGGUUGCUGGCCUUACUGACUCGUCCAAGCCUCUGGAGGAGGAGCUCCACUUUGACGAUGUUGGUCCCAAGUCUGUGAAACCCAAUGCCCCGAUCACAGAUGUCGCUGUUGUGAUCCGCUCCCUGGGUGAGGAGGUACCCCCCGGUUUCACCUGUGUGGAAAGCACCCCCUCGGGCCUCUCUGCAGAGCUCAAUGGAGCCAGCCUCAGGGGCCCGCAGAUCUACUUGUGCUUCAAGCGAGGUAGAGAUAAGCCUCCACUGACAGAUCUUGGGGUUUUGUACGAGUGGAAGGAGAAGCUGAAGCCUGGAUGUCACAUAGUCCAGACCACGCCCUCAGGUCGCCCUGCCAACAUCAGCAGCUCAUCCUCCCAACGUAUCUACAUCACCUACCGCCGAGCCCCCAAGAGCCAGCCCCACACCUCACUAGCCGUCACUGAUGUCUGCAUCAUCAUCCCGGGCAAGGGGGAGACGCCCCCUCACACAUUCUGCAAAGUGGAUAAAAACCUCAACAGCAGCAUGUGGGGAUCCUCUGUCUACCUUUGUUAUAAAAAGUCUCUGGCUAAAGCAAACACAAUCGCCUACAAAGCAGGUCUACUAUGUCGAUACCCUGAAGAAGACUACGAGUCUUUCCCACUGCCUGAGUCAGUGCCUAUGUUCUGCCUUCCCAUGGGGGCAACAAUUGAGUGCUGGCCUGCACACACCAAACAUUCCCUGCCUGUCUUUUCGACAUUCGUCCUGACAGGGGCCUCUGGAGAAAAAGUAUAUGGAGCAGCCAUUCAGUUCUAUGAGCCUUACUCAGAGGAAAAUCUGUCUGAGCGUCAGCGUUCACAGCUCAGCCUGCCAAGCUCUGAUCUCGGGCCUGAUGGGACCAGAAGUGUUUACAGCAACAAGAGCAUCUGCCUGCUCUCUCACUGGCCCUUCUUUCAGUCCUUCAGGAGUUUUCUGACUUUCCUCUACCGAUACUCCAUCUCUGGACCGCAUGCCCUGCCUAUUGAAAAGCACAUCUCUCACUUCAUGCAAAAUGUGCCAUUCCCAUCGACUCAGAGACCUCGCAUCCUAGUUCAGCUGUCUCCACAUGACAGCCUGAUUCUAAGCCAACCUGUCUCUUCUCCACUGCCUCUUAGUGGUGGAAGCCUCUCCACACUACUCCUAAACCUGGGCCCAAAGAAUGCAGCCACUCUGUUGGUUCUGGCUGUCACAGAGCACAAGAUCCUGGUUCACUCCCUGCGUCCAGCUGUACUCACCAGUGUUACAGAGGCUCUUGUAUCUAUGAUCUUCCCCUUCCACUGGCCAUGUCCCUACAUCCCUCUGUGCCCACUGGCCUUGGCUGACGUGCUCAGUGCACCAUGUCCUUUCAUUGUGGGCGUUGACUCCAGAUACUUCGACCUCUACGUGCCUCCAGCUGACAUCAGCUGUGUGGAUCUGGACACCAACACCAUCUCCCAAAAAGAUGACAAGAAGGCUCUGACGUGGAAAAUGUUACCCAGAAGAGCCUGCAAACAUCUUCUGAAUACCCUGAAUAAACUCUAUCAGCAGCUCACUGAGGGUGGUCAGUUGAACCGUGACGAUUUGCAGAUGGAGCACACAGUGACUGACAGUGAGCUUAAUGGUGGAAAAAGCCUCCAAACUCUGGAGCUGGAGAUCCAGGAAGCCUUUCUGCGCUUCAUGGCGGCCAUCUUGCGAGGCUACCGUACCUACUUACUGCCCAUCACACAAGCCCCCUCAGAAAAGACAACAGAUGCCAGUUCACUAUUUGACCUACAAGGUUUCCUGAAGAGCAGAGAUCGCUCCCAUCAGCGGUUUUACUCCCUCAUGAUGAAGACUCAAAUGUUCAGCCGGUUCAUAGAGGAGUGUUCUUUUGUCAGCGAUAAGGAUGCCAGCCUGGCUUUCUUCGAUGAGUGUGUUGAUAAGCUAUAUACCACUGGAGGCAAGAUGGACAGUGAACGUCCAGAGGACACCAGACUGAUUGAACUGGAUGAAUCCCACCACAGUGAGCACACAGUCUACAUCAACCCUCCAGAGCUGCCCCCACUGCCAGAGGGACAGGAGCAUCCUCUGUGUUACAGCUACUCUGGCUUUCCUGUGCUGAAUGCUGAGCUUCUGCAGCCGCUGGAGGGACCAAAUCCUCCAUCAGCAGGCUUGACCUCACGCCACAGCAGCCCGGCCAGCCCUACGGCCAUCUUCAGACGCUCCAAACAGGAGAUCAGAUUGGCUCAGAAGAUGGCAAAAACCCAUUCAUCUAUGCCUCAGAUGUGGUCCAAGUGUCUGCUGCGCCACUGUUAUGGCCUGUGGUAUAUCUGCCUGCCAGGGUUUGUCAGUACCUGCCACUCUAAGGUUCGGGCUCUGCGCAUGGCCUAUGAUGUGUUGAGGAAGAUGCAAGACAAGAAGCUGCAGGCUCCUGAUGAGGUGUGCUACCGUGUGUUGCUGCAGCUGUGUGGCCAGUACAGUCAGCCUGUUUUGGCUGUCAGGGUGUUGUUUGAGAUGAAGAAGGCAGGAGUUCAACCCAAUGCCAUCACCUAUGGGUAUUACAACAAGGCGGUGUUGGAGAGCACUUGGCCCUCCACCACCAGAGGAGGUUACUUUCUGUGGGGAAAGCUGAGGAACGUUGUCCUUGGUGUGGUCCAGUUCAAGCAAGCAGGAAAAAAACAGCAGACACUGCGUAGAGAUCCUCAGCUUUCAGAUGGCAGCGAUCUCGACACUGUCAGUCAUGGCAGUUUGGACAGUGCUAAUGACUCUGCCGAACGCACUUCCAUCGACACCGACUUCACUAAAAUGGACUCCAGUGAUGAUGGAUUUAGUACAGGUGGACAGUCAGACCAAGGCUACGAUUCAUUAUCCAAAGAAGAAGAGAGGAUGUGCAGCAGAGAGACUGACAACACACCACUGGUGGUAGACAAAGGAUCAAGGCAGUCCACAUCUGAGACUGAUGUUCCAGUGAACAGUACCUCUCCUUCAACCAGAAACUGUAGAUCUGCAGAUGCCAGUGCAGGUAACGGCAUUAGGCUUGUUUCCAGUUUGUCUGCUGACACCAUUCUAUGUGGUGUUCAGCCAAAAACAGAGCGGCCAAAGUCUCUUGACUUAUCUGGACAGGGCUCUAUGAGGCUGACCGUCCCCCACCUCAGCUCCAUGAAGCAGCACCACCUGGCUGCUGACAGGCUGCACGAGGUCGAGGAGGAGGAGACGGACAUUGAAAAGAGUAAAAAGAAACCGUUAGCAGAGAGAAGUGUGAGCUGCAAUGCUGGGACAGUGACAAGGACAGGUAUUGAAAUGGGGUUUGAUCCGCUGUCAAUGAUGGCGACAGAGACAGAAAAGGAGUGUGAGCAGAACAGCAGCGGCACGCCAACUGCCCGCCACGACCUGGCCGAGGAGAUUGAGAUGUACAUGAACAAUACAAAUAGCCCUUUGAGGAGCCGCACCCUCAGUAUGGACCUACAAACCCCCUCGAGCCCCGUGUGUCACACCUCCCCCAGACCCGCCCCGCUGCUCCGCUCCAACACACACCUCCCACUGCCCGUUAAAUCCAAGGAGAAGCUCAGGCCAUCGCCGUCUCUCCCUCUGGGUGUCAAAGACCGAGAGAGACCGUCCUCCUUGGUAUCCCCUUCAUCACCUACUCCCUCCACCUCAUCUUUCUCCAUGGACUCUCUGUUCACUCCGACGCUGGACAUCUUUAAGAGCAGCGUCAUCUCAGCAGGGAAGGGCGUCGCUGAGAAGGCCAGCCGCCUCUACUCUCGUCUAUCAUCACAGACUUCACUAACACAGGAUGUUAACUGCGACAGGAUUAGUGUGUCGUCACUGACCUCAGGAGAGGCAGACUGCUCCUCUCUGCUCGAUAAUGACUCCUGUCUGGACCCAGAUGGCUUUACCUCACCCCAGCAUGGCAACGUGUCCAGACUCAGGAGGAGCCCGGGUGUGGGUCAUACUAACUUGAGCAGCCCCAGUACCCCCAACAGAGUGUUCAGACACAACUCUUUCUCUGGUGGUCUGGCUCUUCCUUCUAAGUCUCCUCACACUCCAGAUUCCUCCCCUGAAACCAGUCGCUUCCAUCCUGCUCCAACCUACACCAUAGAGGUGCUGAUGUCCAGCUGCUCACUUUGCAAGACAUGCGACUGUCUGGUGUACGACGAGGAGAUCAUGGCAGGAUGGACAGCAAACGACUCCAACCUGAACAGCACUUGCCCGUUCUGCGGCACAGCUUUUCUGCCUUUCCUCAAUGUGGAAAUCAAAGAUCUGAGACCACAGAAUGGGUCCUCUAAGGAAACUAAUCCUGUUAUGGAGGAGGACACGUCUGCAUCACUCAAUCCCGAGGCCAGAACGUCUGUGGCAGACUGUGCGGCUCAGUCAUCUUCAGCUCCCCCGCAGAUCCUGGAGAGCAGCAGGAGUCCGGGGCCAGCUGUGAAGUCGGCGCCAGCCUCGGCCCCCUCCUCGGCUCCGGUGACAGUGCCCUACUUGAGUCCCCUGGUUCUGUGGAAGGAGCUGGAGAGCCUCCUGGUGAACGAGGGCGACCAGGCCAUCUCGUCUCCUAGUGUCGUCGACCAGCAUCCCAUAGUCUUUUGGAACCUGGUGUGGUACUUCAGAAGGCUGGAGCUACCAAGUAACCUGCCUGCUCUUAUCCUGGCCUCUCAGCACUGUAACCACGGAGACCAGUCUCCACCGAGUGUCACGUCUGAGGACAGUAAGCAGGUGCUGGUGAGGAUCAUGUGGGACAACCUGAAAUUACAUCAAGACAAAGUUCAGCCCUGUUAUGUCCUGUGGAACACACACUGUGCCAACUCCCUGGUGCGUUCUGGGUUAUGUGAAGAAGGCCAGCUCUUCACUGUGGAGCUUCUGCAGGGAUUUGUUAGGAGCAUAAAGAAGAGUGAUGUCUACCAGCCCAUGAGCCAGAUCAUCCAGCUCCUGGGACCAGAGCUGGGUUUCAGAAGACAGAGGAGCCUGUACAGAGAUUUGCUGUUCCUCGCGCUGGUGGCUUUGGGAAAGAACAACAUUAAUAUCAAUGCAUUUGACCGGGAAUACAAGUUGGCAUACGACCGCCUGCCGCCCAGCCAGGUUAAACUGACACACAACUGUGACCGGCCCCCAGGAGCAGGGGUCAUGGAGUGCAGGAGGACUUUUGGAGAGCCAAGUUUGUGAACUUCUCUCUCUUGCUCUCUUUUUUUUUUUUUUUUCCUAUUUUAACCACCGUCACUGCUGCUGUUUUUGGACUGCUCUUCAGACUCAGGACCAGCUCACCUGACUGGAGCUCAUAAGCACAACAGAAAAAUGACACUUAAUGUAAAGCAACUGCCAUGAGUUUCUUGUACACUGUUCGAGCCAAGAGGCAUGGAGUGACAGGCCUUGAGUUUGUAAAUAUAUAAAAAAAAAAAAAAACACUGUAUUUUGACUAUAAUUAUAGUAAUAUGUUUGUACAAUUAUUAAACAGUCUAUUUUAUGACUUUGUUUCUGUUGAAGCUGUGACUAAUUAUGUAAAGAUAAGUGUGUGGUCGCAUCUAAAUUCCUCAGUGGUCCUGGUGACCUUGUUAAGACUGUUGUUGAGUGUGUGUAUAAUAAGUAUUUGCUUUUAGACAUUCAUGUUUUUACAAAGCACUUUGGCAAAAUAUGCUCUUGCCAUUUGUUCUCAUUUGCGUAAAGCUUUUGCCAGGCACCGUAUGAUUAAGUGACUUUUUAUUUGGCAGCUACAGAACUUACUGUACUGUUGAAUAUUUCCAUUACAUACAGUUAAUGAAAGCAAAGAAAUUCCUCAUCUGUACUCUGUAACCCCAGCAGGGCCAUUCUCAUAUGGCUGAAUACACUAACAAGAAUAUGGUAAUAUGAAAAAAUAACCAACAUUUUAUUCCUCCAUUAUGUUGGAAUUAAUGAGUACAUACAUUUAUAUGCAUAGCAUUUAUUUGUUUAUCUGUUUUUGUAUGAAUUUACCAAAAGAACCCAACAGGGAAUAAUACUUUAUGAUUUAUUAACAUUUUUUUAAGCAAUACCUUUUCUAAAGCGAGGGUUAUUUGGGACAAUUUAUGUACUAUAAGGGACCACCAAGGAGAUUUCCUUAAAGACAGUACAAUCAAACUAAAGAUACUAACUGAAACUAAAUGUUUUUGUUUGAUUAAUCAACACAAUAUUUUGAUAGAAGAAAUUCAUUUAUUGACACUGUAAUGGAUCUGUACAGAGUAUUUCAUUCUAGUAUUUUGUAGAUUUCCUUUUGGUCUUCUCUGUAUGGUGUAGUCAGUUUUGGACAUUUUGGAAAACAGUGCACUCUUAAAUGUUACAUACAGAAUAAAAAAGAACAUUUUCUCCACUUGUAAUAAAACCAAUUAAUGUAAAAA